AUGGAGCGCCAGCGCUUGGAUUUCGUGUGCGAGAGCUCUCAGUCCCACGACCCCGCCCUGCGAGUCUACCGCGACAUCAUCGCUCGAUCGGGGGUCGACAAGGAAGAGUUCACCGUCUCUGCCGUGCUGGCCCGACUUGACCCAAUCACAUGGACGGCCCUGAUCUUCGUGUUCGUGAAGAACGGCCGGGGUACACAUCAAUCUAGACUACACCGUCGCACCUGGGCGGUGGACCUUCUAGACCUAGGGAGGCUCGAUGACGCCACAGACCUGCUCAGCUGGAGCAGGACGGGGCUGGACGCCACGGUGUGUGUGGAAGCCUCUGCUCGGUGCGUGCUGGACGCGGAGGUUGUUGAGCAUGCGGCCGAGAUGUAUGGGACAGAACGCAUAUAUAUUGUCCACCUGACGGAUAUCAUCAGUGUAGUUGCUGCCACGAGAAUGGGAUGCAAAGAUGAUGACCUGGCCAGCCAGCGGCAGGAUGUUGCUGCUGCUGAAUAUGAAGAAGGCAGUGAAGAAGAAGAAGAGCCAUUUGAACGUGUGUUCUAUGAUGAUGAUUACGACGGCGACAGUGAUGUUGAGCCAGAAACACAAGCUGUGGAUCCUUGUGCUGAUCAUCCUGUACCGCAAGAGGAGGAGGAGGAGGCUAGUGCAGAGGAACCUUGUGAUGGCGCCGCUCCACCGCAAGGUGAGGAUGCCAGCGACGAGGAACCUUUUUAUUCUGAACUCCACGAUGAGGAAGAAGACAGUGGCGAGGAGGACUCGUUUCAUGCCGAGCCUUUCACCGAUCCCGUGCGCAGUGCUCGCAGCACUAAAAGGAAGCAGCUCUGCGAAGUGGAGCCAUAUGAUGAUCAGCUGGCUCGUGAGGAGGAGUUUGUUAACAAGAGGUUCAGUGCUGUGCAGGCUGUCAGGAAGGAACAAAAGAAGCCAGAGGCCCUCAAACGGGCGCUGAGGAACGGUGGCAGCAAGGUACUACCAGUGAUGGAUGGAAUGGAAGUCAAGCCGUUCAAGAAACGACUGUCUGUCAGGUUUGCUACUGAUGUAUCCUGUUACACAUACAACACUGACAGUUUUGGUGCUGCCAAGUUGGAGAAAAGGAAAGCUCAGUUUGAUGACCAGGACAGCCACUUGUGUAAGAGGCAAGAACACAUGCUCUCUUUGCCUCAGGAUGUUGGAAAGCUGCAACAAGUUGACGACACUAACCUGUAUGUGGGUAACCUGCCGGCUUCUGUGUCCUCUAGCAGGCUCCUUGAGUUAUUUCUUCCUUUCGGACGAAUUACUCGAUAUAAAGUUGUGGAUGAUUGUUUCACUGGUGUGAGCCAGGGACACGGCUUUGUGAAGUAUGCUGAUCCUAAUAGUGCCGCAUCAGCUAUUAAACGCAUGAAUGGGCGCCUGGUUGAUGGGAAAACAUUGGAGGUUAGAGCAGCUCGUGUUCCACCAUCAGUACCCAAUCCAUCUGUGCACUCUGUGUCAGAAGCUGGCAGUCUGCCCUCGAAGGAAAUUGACACGAGUGCCUUGUAUGUCUCCCACCUCCCCUUAUCCAUGGACGAGCUAAAGCUACUCAAGCAUUUUCAGCCUUUCGGAGAAGUAACUGGUAUAAAGGUACCCAGAGAUCACACGACAGGUUUAAGCAAAGGGUAUGGCUUUGUGAAAUACUCUGAUUCUCAUCAUGCAGCUCAGGCCAUCACCCAUUUGAAUGGAGUUAUGGUUGAUGGUGGAAAGAUCGAGGUUCGAGUGGCCGGCAGCCCUCCAACACUGUCAAAUUCAGCCUUGGGAUCACACAUCAAUACCAGAACCACCAAGGAAAUCGACAUGGCCAAUCUAUAUGUCUGCAACAUUCAUGCAUCCAUUGACACAAAUAAGUUGGUUGACCUUUUCUUGCCAUUUGGUAAAGUCACCCAUGCGAGAGUGGCAGCUGACCAAGGCACUUGUACAGGUAAUGGAUAUGGCUUCGUCAAAUUUGCUGAUCCUCAAUGUGCUGCCGAGGCUAUUGCAGUAAUGAAUGGAGCACUGAUUGAAGGGGAGGCAUUAACUGUCAGAGUCGCAGGCCUUUCAUCAUCAGCAUCCAGCUCAGCUGUACAAGGCUCUCCUCCAGAAAUCAACAAAUCUAGACUGUAUGUCACUAACCUUCCACGGUCCAUGAAUGCCGAUAAGCUGGUUAAGCUUUUCGUGCCCUUUGGUCAGAUCAGCAAAGUCGUGAUGGAUGUGGAGUAUAGCCUAGUGUAUUAUGCAGAUGUAGCCUCAGCAGUCACAGCUGUCAAAAACAUGGAUGGGUACCUGAUUGAUGGACAGAGGCUAGCAGUCAGGAGAUCGGACUCUUGUCUAACCAAUGCAGGAGAGCAUGCUUUAUCAGAGUCAGCUGUCAAGCCCAUGAAAGAAAUUGAUAUGGCCAAUCUGUUUGUUGGCAACAUCCCACCAAUCGUAACUUCUGAUCAGUUGGUCGAGCUUUUCCAACCAUUUGGACGAGUUGUGCAAGCUAGGAUGUUUCAACAUAAGGGGUAUGGGAUGGUUAGGUAUGAAAGUCCUUCAUCUGCUUCUGCUGCAAUUGAUCUUAUGGAUGGUUACCAAAUUGGAGGACAUGCCCUGGUUGUGAGAGUAGCAGGCCUUCCUAAUCCUAAGGAUUUCAGUGCUGCAACAAAUUCUCUAGCACCACAGAUGUCUGGCAAUGAGCAGAGACAAAUUGACAUGACCAACCUAUAUGUGUGCCGCCUCCCGCUCUAUAUGACAACCGAAAAGCUAAUCGAAAUCUUCCUACCAUGUGGCCAAAUCACUCAAGCAAAGGUAGUGGUUGAUCGAUACACUGGUGUGAGCAAGGGAUUCGGAUUUGUCAGAUUUGCUGAUACUUAUGGUGCUGCUGUGGCACUCACUCACAUGAAUGGCUACCCACUGGAGGGGCACAUCUUGGAGGUUAGAAUAGCCGGUGUUCAUCCUAGUGCUAUGGGCAGCUACAUGACACAUCUCUACUCCCAGUUGACAUUCCCAGACCCCUCAACGAUGGCGGUUGGAGUACCAACAUCGUAUUGGCCGCACUAUUGUGCUGAAUCAGCAUGCGCCACGUCAGCCGAAAACCAGGGGCAGGGAACUAGACCUGCAACUGACGCUUCUUCUCAAACCUCUCAGCAGGAAGGCUUGCCUGAAUCUACCGAGAAAGAUAGUUCUUCUGCAUCAAGCUCAAGCCAUGUCAGCCACCCUUCUCAGCUACAGUCCUCAGCAGGCUGGGCUGGUCCGCCUGGCUUUGAGCCCCAUGCCAUGCCCAAGAAAGACCUUGGCACCGUGAUGAAUCCUUCCCAGCCUUGUUCCAAGGUUCAUUUGGCACAGUCAGAAGGCGGCCAGAAAAGGCAUUCGAAUACUAGCAGAGCACCUGAAGCUUCGUUGUUCCUUCUUCACUGCAUCGGCCGGCCACUGGGGGUGUUGAUGACACAGGUAAAACAGCUGCAGACAGAUGCAUCCAAGGAGAUCUGA